AUGGCGGCAGGAGGUCCCGAGCGCGAGGAGGACGAAGUGCUGCAGACGGCCUUCAAAAAGCUGCGAGUGGAUGCCGACAGCGCACUUCCGGUGCCCGGAGGUGGGCCCGAGGUUCCUCCGGCAGCGGCGCGGGACACAGGUGCGCCCAAGUCCAAACACAGCGCGUCCAAGGACAACUGGCAUGGAAGCUGCGUGAGGAAAACGGCGCGAGGAGCCAGUCGGACGCCUCGGCGGCGGCGCUCCGAGUCACCUAUCCUGCACCCCCCAAGGUUCACCUACUCGGCCCCCGCGGGCGGCUCCGAGCAGCGCACUGAGCCCGCGCCAGAACCUCCCGCCCGAAUUUGGACCCUCCACCUUGGUGGGAAAGACGAGGAAAGUUCAGCUGCCGUCAGAGAAAAGGACUGUGCCCGGAGUGAUGACUUUGGACUUUUAUCCGAGCGGUGCAGCGCGGCGUCGCUGACUACUCGGGCGUACUCCUUCACGGGAGCACGCGACGUGGUCACCGAGCGACGCAAGGGUGCCCCACCCUCUCGGAGUGGUGGUCCCACCCCCCCGUCUGCCUCUCCGCGCUCAUGUUCCUCACAGGCACUCGUCUCUGUCGACGACGUCACCAUGGACGACCUGGCGGGCUACAUGGAGUUCUAUCUGUACAUACCCAAAAAGAUGUCGCACAUGGCUGAGAUGAUGUACACAUGA